CUGAUUUGUCCCAAACUGAUUCAAUUUCAAUCUUAAGUUUGGUUAUUAUUAAUGAAAUAUGGCUACGAUUUUCGAAAGUUCAUUCUUAUCUAAUAGACUAUAUCGCGUUGAGGAACGAUAUGAAGAAUCGGCAAAUAUUUUUGACAAAUGUGAUUGUACUAGCUAUAGCUAUUUUGUUUGGAGCGUCAUUUUGCUUGUGAUUGGAGCAACUAUUACUAUUUUUUCUUUGGAUGAUAUCGUAGGCGAUCAUACAUUUUUUAAUCUUGGCCGGAUGUGGUUUAUUGGUCCAGUGCUUAUUUGUUCUGGUCUAACGAUUGCUGUGAAAUGUAUGCUUUACCUUCGACGAAAAUCUAUAAUUCAGAUGAUUUUUCAUCAACGACAAUUAUUCAGAAAUUUGCAGGAACCAAGCGGAAUUCGUGGUACUGAAGGUAUUGAUAUACAAACUCCACAACGGAUUAAUAUACGUAUUGAUAUACAGAAUCCACAACAUAUUGAUAUACAAAGUCCACCCUCUUACGAAGCAAUCGCUCAGGAAACUUAUAAUGAAUUACCACCGCCGUCUUAUGCAGAAGCGGUAAUGCUUAUACGCAAAAUCCUUGGAAGAAAUACGAAACCGAAUAGCACAACUAUUUCUUGCGAUAGCAUCACUACUGAUCGAAACGACAAAUGUAAACCUUGAAAUGAUAUUUUUUUUCG